AUGGACCUGAUCCCAAGCUUUUCCGGGGAGACCUGGGUCCUCCUGGCCACCAGCCUGCUGCUCCUCUACAUAUAUGGAACCUAUUCACAUAAUGUUCUAAAGAAGCUCGGGAUUCCAGGACCCAAGCCUCUGCCUUUUGUGGGAACUGUCUUGGCCUACCGUAAGGGUAUGUGGGAUUUUGACAUGAAAUCUUCUAAGAAGUAUGGAAAAUUAUGGGGGUUUUAUGAUGGUCACCAGCCUGUGAUAGCUAUCACAGAUCCAGGCAUGAUCAAGACCGUAAUGGUGAAAGAAUGUUAUUCCAUCUUCACAAACCGGAGGGCUGUUGGUCCAUCGGGAUUUAUGAAACAUUCCAUUUCCAUUGCUGAGGAUGAAGAGUGGAAGAGACUACGAACAUUGCUGUCUCCAACCUUCACCAGUGGGAAACUCAAAGAGAUGUUCCCCAUCAUUUGCCAGUAUGGAGAUAUAUUGGUGAAGCAUCUGAGAGAGGAAGCAGAAAAAAGCAAGCCUGUCACGUUGAAAAGCAUAUUUGGGGCCUACAGCAUGGAUGUCAUCACUGGCACAUCAUUUGGAGUGAACAUUGAUUCCCUCAACAACCCACAAGAUCCCUUUGUGCAAAAAGUCAGGAAGCUCAUAAAAUUCGAUUUCCUGGACCCACUGAUGUUCUCAAUAAUAAUGUUCCCAUUUCUUACACCAAUUCUUGAAGCUUUAAGCAUCUCUCUGUUUCCAAAAGAUACUACUGACUUUCUCACAAAAUCUGUGCAAAGAAUGAAAGAACAGCGCCUUAAAGAAAAGCAAAAGCACCGAAUGGAUCUUCUUCAGCUGAUGAUUGACUCCCAGAAUUCCAAAGACACUGAGUCCCAUAAAGCUUUGACUGACACGGAGCUGGUAGCUCAGUCAAUUAUCUUUAUUUUUGCUGGCUACGAGACCACUAGCACUACUCUUUCCUUCCUUAUGUAUCUAUUGGCCACACAUCCUGAUAUUCAGCAGAAGCUUCAAAAGGAGAUUGAUGAGGCUUUGCCCAAUAAGGCACCUCCCACUUAUGACACUGUGGUACAGAUGGAGUAUCUUGACAUGGUGGUGAAUGAAACACUGAGAUUAUUUCCAGUCGCUCCCAGACUUGAGAGGGUCUGUAAGAAAGAUGUUGAAAUCAAUGGAGUGUUCAUUCCCAAAGGAGCAUCGGUGAUGGUGCCAGUCUAUGUUCUUCACCGAGACCCAGAACUCUGGCCAGAGCCUGAGAAGUUCCUUCCUGAAAGGUUCAGUAAAGAGAACAAGAGCAACAUAGAUCCUUACUUAUAUCUGCCCUUUGGAACUGGACCCCGAAACUGCAUCGGCAUGAGGUUUGCUCUCAUGAACAUGAAACUUGCUGUCACCAGAGUUAUGCAGGAGUUCUCUGUCAAACCUUGUAAAGAAACACAGAUCCCGAUACAAUUAGGCAGGGAACCACUGAUUUCACCGAAGGUACCUGUUGUUAUAAAGUUUGAAUUAAGAGAUGGAAAUGCAAGUGGAGCAUGA